ACAGCUGAUUGGUGGACUGCAUAUGGUUCUGAAACGCCAAAUUUGCAAACAUUCGCCAUCAAAAUUCUUAGUCUAACUUGUAGCUCAUCUGGAUGUGAGCGGAAUUGGAGUGUGUUUGAACAUAUUCACACCAAAAAGAGAAAUAGGUUAGCUCAAAAACGUCUGAAUGAUUUGGUAUUUGUUAAGUAUAAAAGAGCAUUGAGACGUCGAUACAAUUCCCGUGACACUAUUGAUCCCAUUGCUUUGACGGAUAUUGAUGAAAGUAACGAGUGGUUGGUUGGGAGGAUGGAGGAGGAACUUGUCUUCGAGGAUGAUACUUUGACAUGGGAUGAUAUUGCUAGAGCUGUUGGAGUUGAGGAAAGUAGUCAAAGAACUAGAUCAACAAGGGCAAUAGAAAGGGGUUGUUCAACUUCAAAAUCUGCAGCUAGACCUAGAUUGCAACUUAUUGAUGAGGAAGAGUCAAUUUCAGAUGGGGGAGAGGAAGAAGAUGUAGAGGGAUAUGCUGACGCCAAUGAUAAUGAAGAAGAAGUUCAUUUGCUUGAUGUUGAAGGUGAAUUUUAG